AUGCCGAGCUUGAUCCCGCGGUGGAAGAAGAAGAAGCCCUCAACUUUCAAGGACUUGUCGCCUUCGGACAGGGAUUAUCUCGUUGACAUGCUACAGGCUACACCUCCGAAUCAGUCAGUGGAAGAAAGCAAUUCAAUCCUACAACGCAACGACGAGCCAGACUUGCAAAUUUAUAAUGACCCAGCACCAGUGCAAUCCCCUCCUACAUCAGAUCCAAAUGAGCCAGCCAUCCCCAAGCCAACCUUCGAAUCAUUCCUGCGAAUGGCCAACGAGACCGUAAAAUGCUGGGAAAGACGCGAGACCCGAAUCGCCAACUCGAUUAAAGCAAGACUGGCGAGCAACUUCUCCCUCGAGAUCAAUUCAUACAUGAAAGAGUACGCAGCGAGGACCAGGAUGGUAUCGUCCCGGAAACACAUUCAUCGUAUCGUUGAGCAAUGCGUGUUGACGAGGCGGAAUCUGAGAGAAAUUAGAGACGUGUUGCAAGAUUUACAGGAUCAUGACCCGAUUGAUGAUAAGACUAGGCAGUUGAUGGAGGAGACGUGGCGCGUUAUGGUGAGUCUGGAGCAUGAUAAUUGGAUUGAGGUUGAGUAUGCGCUUGAGAAUCAGUAA